AUGCCGUUUAUCACGGAUUUACAAUGGGACGAAGACUUGUUGGACACAGUCCAACUGCUCAUUGCUGAAGGGUUCGAUACAGAUCGGGAUGUUCUCGUCCGUGAAGAACCAGGGGACAUAUUGGUGCCCGACCCGGAGGAUGAGGAGUGCUUCGUGCCCGCCUUGAGUGAGGAGGCUCUGGAUGAUGUCCUGGAUUUGGUUGCCCAGACGAUGGCCCCGACCAUGCUACGCGCCGAUGAGGUGUGGUUACAGGAGCAGAAACGGAGAGCGGUUCUGCCAACUGGAUGUCAGGGGAUUGACGAGAUUCUCGAAGGAGGCUGUCGGACCGGCGAAGUCACGGAGUUUGCUGGCGCGCCAUGUACUGGUAAAACACAGCUGGCAUUCUUCACGAUGAUUACAACGUUAGCUACCUCACCUGAAGCAUGCGUAAUCUACAUUGAUGGGUCGAACACGUUCUCGGCGUCUCGGAUUGCGGAGCUCUAUGAAUGCAGCGAUCGGUUUGAGCGGUUUAGGUCUAGAGGAAUGACACCGACGCACAUAUUGGAUCGCAUCAGAAGGAUUCCAUGUUUCGAUGCCUGGGCGUUAAUGGACAUGCUAGAGUCCAUACAUCAGACAGCGCGGGAUCAUUUGGACAGCUUUGUCAGUUCUACCCAGCUAGUCGUUGUCGACUCCAUCGCCGACAUGCUGGGGUCCAUUGUUGGCUCUGGGCAGAUCCGAGGAAACGUCAUGCUGUCCGCGAUAGGACAGCACCUCAAAGCCAUCGCCGUGGAGCACUAUGCUGCCGUUCUGGUGAGUACGACAGCUACCGGAGUGCUCACUCAACACGAAACAUGCAUUAAACCGACGAAGGUGGUCAACUACGGCGUCGUGUAUGACGCCGACCCAGACGAAGACGAUACCGAGGACGACGAACGGGAAAAGGAAAACGCGCUCCAGCCGGAACGCACUACAAAACCGGCCUUAGGAAACGCAUGGAGUUUCACGCCCUCCGUGACAUUGGUAUUCGAAGAUCCGCAUGACGCUGCAAAUCGGCCAGGCAGCAGCGAUAGGAUGCUCUCGUUUAAGAACAGGGCUGGGCAGAUUGUGCCGGUGACGCAGCGGAAAGUGGAGGGUCGUGGCCAUGCUGCUGAUCUUUUCAUAGGAGGUCGGGAGAUAUUUAGCGAUGCGCGACCGAAGCCGAUGAAGCGAAAAUGA